ACACACACACACACACACACACACACACACACAAACCCACACCCACACGUGUCCUUCAGAACCACGGGAACCGAGAUGAAGGGGAGAGCGAAGCAGCGGCGGCCGGAGCCGGCGGCCGUCUCAGAGAAGGAGAAGAUGAUGAACGUGGCGGCGAGCGGCAGCGACGACGACGAUGAAGACUCCGACGUGGAGAGGAACUUCGCUCUGCUCACCGAGAGAGGAAGAGGAGCGGAGGAGGGAGAGCCGUACCGCGGAGGAGAGGAAGAGGAAGAACUCAGCCAUGAUGAUGAUGAUGAUGAUGAUGAUGAGGAAGAAGAUGGGUCUGAUGAGGGGGAGGGAGAGGAGGAGGAGGAGGAGGAGGAGGAGGGAGAGAGUGAAACCUCUGAGGAUGAGGAUGGUGAUGAUGAAGAGCCAGAGGAGGCUGGUGGGAGCGGGGAGAUCCAGACGAGAGACGAUAUUAAAAAAGAGCUCUCCAACAUGUCCUUCGAGGACAUCAUGAAGCUGCAGAACAAAGUGGGGACCAAAGUUUACAACCAGGUCGCCUACGGCAACAACGAGAGAGGAGGGACCACCGGCAGGAAGAAACGCCUCAACAAGAACAGGCCGAUGGAGAUUUCAGCCAAGAGGCCAGCUCCGUUCCUCCGUCAGGUGGUCUCCGUCAAGAAACCGACGCUGAGAGAUCCUCGGUUUGACGACCUGUCAGGAGAAUACAAACCAGAGAUCUUCGAGAGCACGUACAAGUUCAUUAAUGACAUCCGAGGCCGAGAGAAAGAGAUCGUCCAGAAGCAGCUGAAGAGGACCAAGAAGGACAACAAGAAGAAGGAGAAGCUGCAGUUCCUUCUGAAGAGGAUGGAGAACCAGGAGCGAGCGAGGCAGAGCCGCGAGCAGCAGCGAGAGAGAGAGCUGCAGUUCAAGAGGCUGCAGAGAGAGCGAGCCAAUCAGGGCGCGCGGCCGUUCUUCCUCAAGAACUCUGAGAAGAAGAAGCUGCAGCUGGCGGAGAAGUACCAGCAGCUGAAGAAGAGCGGCAAACUGGACAACUUCCUGAGCAAGAAGAGGAAGAGGAACGCCGGGAAGGACCGCAGGAAGCUGCCCCGACAGCCGCACGACGCCAACGCUCAGUAACACGACGCCAACGCACAGAGACACGACAACAACGCUCAGAGACACGACGCCAA